AUGAGAUGUUGUGCUCACAUUCUAAAUUUGGUAGUUAAUGAUGGAAUAAAGGAACAAGAUUCUUCUGUUGAAAGCAUUAGAAAUGUUGUGCGGUAUGUACGAUCUUCUCCCCAAAGGUUUAAAAGAUUUAAAGGAUGCGUUGAUGAAGAAAUGAUAAAUUCUCAAAGUCUUGUGUGCUUAGAUGUUUCAACGAGAUGGAAUUCAACUUACUUAAUGUUGGAGCGUGCUGAGAGAUUUGAAAAAGCAUUUGGCAAACUUUAUGGUCGAGAAUCAGAUUUUCAAAAAUAG